AUGGCAGAGACGCUGAUACUAGCCCUAGGCGGCAAGCACUUCUCGCGUGACCUCCGGCCGCUCGAUGCCGACGGCAACGAAAUCGACAUGUGGAGCGCGGAUGCGAAGAAGAAGGGGUCGUCCGAUGAGGACAGCGAAGAGGACUCGGAGGAGGACGAGUCUGAGGAGGAGGGCUCGGAUGACGCCGGCCCUUCCACAAAAAGCCAAUCCGCUGCGGAGCUGAGCCGCGAGGAGCGUAGGAAAGAAAAGAAGGCACGCAAGGACGCGGCCAUCGCGCGGUCCAAGAAGCCGGUAGAGAGGCCACCGAGGGCGUCGAGAAGAUGA